AUGUCCAUGCGCCUGGCGACGGCCGUCGCGUGCGGCCUCGCGGUCGCGGCGGCCUUCGCGCCGCCGCGCGGACCGCUCCGCGCGUCGCCCGCGCGCGGCGCGUCGGCGGCGGGCGCGACGACGAGCGCCGGCGACGACGUCUGCGCCAUGCUGUCGCUCAACGCGCGCGGCGUCAACGGCGCCACGGUGCGCGCGGCGCGGGAGGCCCUGGGCGAGGCCCACGUCUUCGCGACGGCGUCGCUCGACGAGGCCGAGGUCGCCGCGCGCGUCAUCGUCGACCGCGGCUACGGCGUCGUUUUGGCGGGCGGCGGCGACGGCACGCUCGCGUCGACCGUCGCGUUCCUGCGCGCGGCCGCCGGGGACCUGGCGGCCGUGCCGGCCAUCGCGGCGCUGCCGCUGGGCACGGGCAACGCCGUGGCGCGCUACGUCGGCGGCCGCGGCUACCGCGCGUGGCGCGGGCCCCGGGGCGUGCGGCGGUGCGUGGACGCGCUGCGGGAGUCCGCGCCGCGGCGGACGCUCGACGUGCCCAUCCUCGAGACGGGGGGCGGCGACCUCUGCUUCAUCGCGGGCAUGGGCUACGACGCCUUCAUCCUCGACGACUACGAGCGAUUGGUCCGGUCCGUCCGGGGAACGCCGCUCGCGAGGCCGCUCGGCAGCGUCUUCGGCUACUUCGUGGCCACGGCGCUCCGCACGCUGCCGGGCUACGUCGGCGGCCGGCGCGCCAUGCGCGUGCGCGUGAGCUCGCCCGACGCGGCCUGGGUCGACGGCCGCCGCGGCGACGCCGCGGUCAGGGUGCGGCACGCGGACGGCGGCGACGUGCUCUACGAGGGCGCGGCGACGAUCGUCGCCGGCGGCACGACGCCCUUCUACGGCGGCGGCCUGCGCCUCUUCCCCUUCGCGCGCAGCGACCCGGGCGGCAAGCUCCACCUCCGCGUCGCGACGAUGUCGCCGUGGCGCUUCGUGCCGAACGUGCUCGGCGUCUUCGCGGGCCACUACCGCGCGCCGGCCGAGGCCUUCGACUUCCUCGGGGACGAGUUCACCGUGGCGCUGCUGGACGGCAAGCGCUACCCGUUCCAGCAGUCGGGGGACGCCGUCGGCGCGCGAAACGAGUUCACGCUCCGCGUCGCCGGCGCCGUGACCUUCGUCGACUUCCUCGGCCCGCCGGCGCCCCUGGCCCACCUCGUCGCCCACUAA